AUGUGUCAUCACUUCAACACCAUGGAUCUUUCUGAUGUUACGGCCGGCACUCCGAAAGUGCUAGGCCGUUGUCUUACUUUAUUCUCUGAAAGUCGAGAAAAACCUCCAAACACGAAUGUUUCCUUCUCUGCGCCCGUCACACCAGCAAAAUUCGACUCCAACCCAGAUAUCCAAUUUUUCCGUCUGGUGAAGGCAAAACACCACUACAACUAUCACAAAUCUAAAAGGCUGCUUCGAGACCUGAGCACUGGGCGUAGUCAUGCAAAGCCAAAUGUCUUUAAUCCAUACUCAAGGCAGAAUCUCCUUGACCGCCUUCGAACAUUCAAUGCAUUGAACUGGCAAAUUCCAUAUUCUCCAGCCUCCAACGAUUUGACCGAACUUUUAUGUGCUUCACAUGGCUGGACCUGUGAGUCCAUUUCCCGCAAUAACAACACCAAGAACCAUCUUCGGUGCUCCAGCUGCAACGCAGAACUCAUAUUGCGCUUCAACAACGAAGUGCCUCUGCCGAUAUACGCCCCGUUUCUUUUCGACUCCGAUGACGUACAACUUGCGAAUGACAAUUUGGUUCGAGAAUAUAUAACGCAGGUUCAAAGCACAGGCCACAUAUCCACGUGUUCUUGGAACAAAAUCCACACUCCGCUCAACAGUGUGUAUUAUCUUACACCAUAUGUUAGCUUCACAGAUGAAACUUUGAUCCGUGAGUAUCUAGAGACGCUUUUCCAUCUCACAAAAAAUUGCCAGACUCUUGUUGACCACGUUUCGGAGGUGCAAAAUAUUCUUCCACCGAUUCAAACGGAAGAUUUGAGCCACUUUGUCAAUGCUUCCAACAUUUGGCUAUUGUCUCGCUACUAUAAAGAAGACAAGGAAAAUUCCGCUCAGGUUUUGGCCACAUCGUGCCCUCCAUGGAUAUAUUGGCUUGCUGCAAUGGGCUGGGAUUUGAACGCUCAGAAGUUUGCCCAAGAGAGUAUUCUCCUACUCAUAUGCUCCAAUUGCAAUCAGAGGGUAUUUCUCAAAAACACACAAGAAUCUUUCACUGGCAAUGUGUUGUCAUCAAAGGUCUUGUCACCUUGCGAGUUUCCACCACAUCUUGAGAAUGUUACUCCGAAAGAUUUCGAAUGUGUAGAAGAGGAGGAUGAAGAAGAGACCAAAAACUUUGGCCACAAACUGUGGUGCUUGCAUUCAAGUAAUAUGGGAACCAUCCCAUUUCAUGUGUAUUUUAAAGAUAUGCUAAUCAGUCUGGAUCGCUUGGUGGGACCAAUUGGCGAGUAUGAAACGGAUAAAGAUAUGGCGAUUGACCCCAACCCCGACUCUACACCUGUGAGCAAAAGAAAAAACAGCUUUAAUGUGAAUGAGGGGCUCGAACGGUUCUCAAAGUUGAGAAAGACUUAUUUUAUAGAGUAA